CAUGAUCUGGUCUAUAUAAGACAACUAUUUCUAACAGUACAUUCAAAACAGUGUAAUUCCUGUUUUCUUGGCAGAGUUUGGGAAGAGAGAUUUCAGCACAGCUACAAAGAAUUUCACAGCUAAGAAUGGAACCUAGAAUGUUGUCAGAACAAUUUAAUAAACCAGUAGAUGGAACAACAAACUUUGAUUCCCCAUCAGAUCAAUAUACAAGAAGCUACAAAUACCGAAUGAAGGCUAUGGAUAAAAUGACUGAGCUUGAUGACCUUUUAUGCACGAUUGACUUCAAGUACAGUCGUAAAAACAAGCAGUCUGUCAGAGAACACCUCAAGUCUCUUCAGAAGCCACCAUGCAAUGUGAUACGAGGUGGAGAUGACACUAUAAAUGAGGUCGCCGAUAUGUAUGAACAUGCCAGAUUUGAAACUAAGGAAUUUGGUGCCUUGCAGUACAGAAAGUUUGCAUAUCUUGUUGAGCAGCUGAAAGACAGGGUGAAAGAUCAGCAUCCAUGUGCAACUUUAAACACAGUUGUUUCUCCUACUGUUCCUCACUUAAUCAAGAAAGGAAAACCUGCAAUUGUCUGAUCUUGUGAUUCUUCUUUUUUGUUAGUAUUCAGUGUUAUUUUCUCCUUGCAAGUGCUGUUUUCUAUUCUUAACAGUUGCUGUCUGCAGUUGGUUGUCAGCAUCAAGCAUUUUUGCUUACUAAAAAUCACAAUUCCCAUGGCACAUUGCGCCUAUAAACACUUGUUAUUAUCCCAUUGAUUAAAAUUUACUAAAUAAAAGUCUAGAGUCUACCCUCGAUUCUGUCACUUACUCAAUUUAAUAACAUCACUUUGUAAAUUAAAAAAUAAACAAAUAAAACAGACUUAGGGAUAUACCAUUAUUUUUGUGAAGGGGGGUGGCAAUUUUCUGAGACAUGGAUUUUUUCCCCUCAACUUUAGGUUGUGCAUGAUUUUUUUGGUGGCCAAUAGCUUUUGCAAGAAUUUUUUUUUUAACAUGAUUAUAAUGAUAGUGGAAAGCACUUGCUUGAUUGUUUUCCAUGGUUUCCCUUGCACUAUCUUAUAAAGCUUUUUUGGCUGUGCAGGAAUUUGUUUUGGGAAAUUGCUCAAACCCCCACUCAAAAAAAAAUCAUGGUAAAUCCCUUACUAUUCACAAAAGUUCAAAUAAAGAAAUUUAACUAAAGGUAAAAACUAAAUGCAAUAAAAUAAUGUACUUAAUUUUCACAAUAAUUUAACCUGUCUAC